CAUUCGUUACCUCCGUAUUUCCAUGCACUGCACUGCACUCUCACCAGCUCUUAGUUCUCCUUCCCCUGCCGCUGGUCACGCAGCAAACAUGGCCGUCCUGCCGGAGUCACGCCGGCUCUCCCUGCUCCUCAUGGCCGCCUGCUUCCUGCUUCAGGCUCUCAGCGCCCACGCCAUCACCCGGCAUUACAAGUUCAAUGUGGUCAUGCGGAACAUGACACGGCUUUGCUCAACCAAGCCUAUCCUCACUGUCAAUGGCAAGUUCCCGGGGCCAACCCUGUAUGCAAGAGAAGGCGAUAAUGUCCUAGUCAAGGUCGUCAAUCAUGUAGCUCACAAUGUUACCAUCCACUGGCACGGGGUAAGGCAGAUCCGGACAGGGUGGUACGAUGGGCCAGCUUACAUAACACAGUGCCCAAUACAGCCAGGAAGCAGCUUUCUCUAUAAUUUCACUAUAACAGGGCAACGAGGCACACUCCUCUGGCAUGCUCACAUCAAUUGGCUAAGGGCUACCGUCCAUGGUGCUAUCGUCAUCCUUCCAAAGCUUGGCGUGCCCUACCCCUUCCCUGCACCUCACAAGGAGGCUGUUAUCGUGUUAGUGCUGCAUGCAGGAGAAUGGUGGAAAGAGGACACAGAAACUGUAAUUAACCAGGCCAUGCAGCUAGGAGUGGGACCCAAUAUUUCUGAUUCACACACCAUCAAUGGUCAUCCUGGUCCGCUGUCUGAGUGUGCUUCUUCACAAGAUGGGUUCAAGCUCAGCGUCGAAAAUGGCAAAACAUACAUGCUCCGGAUCAUCAACGCUGCACUGAAUGAUGACCUAUUUUUCAAGGUUGCUGGGCACGAAUUAACUGUGGUUGAGGUUGAUGCAGUCUAUACCAAGCCAUUUAAGACCGAUACCCUGCUCAUCACUCCAGGCCAGACCACCAACGUCCUUGUUAGAGCUAACCAAGGCGCUGGCCGUUACCUUCUCUCAGUCUCCCCCUUCAUGGAUGCGCCCGUGCAGGUUGACAACAAAACAGGCACCGCUACUUUGCACUACGCCAACACAGUCUCGUCAAGCAUGGCAUCCCUCACUCUCGUCAAGCCACCACCACAAAAUGCCACCCAUAUCGUAUCAAAAUUUACUGAUUCACUCCAUAGUCUCAAUUCCAAGGAGUACCCAGCCAAUGUGCCACAGACAGUAGACCACUCCCUUCUCCUUACCGUUGGCGUAGGUGUCAAUCCAUGUCCAAGCUGCAUCAAUGGGACAAGGGUGGUGGGCACAAUCAACAACGUGACGUUCAUCAUGCCAUCAACCCCAAUUCUUCAAGCCCACUAUUACAACAUUCCAGGAGUGUUCACAGAAGACUUCCCAGCAACCCCACUGCACAAGUUCAACUAUACAGGAAGUGGUCCCAAAAACCUUCAAACCAUGAAUGGAACCAGGGUUUACAGGCUGCCAUACAAUGCUUCAGUGCAGGUUGUACUCCAGGAUACGGGAAUCAUAUCACCAGAAAGCCACCCAAUCCAUUUACAUGGCUUUAAUUUUUUUGUGGUUGGGAAAGGGGUCGGGAACUACAACCCCAGGACCUCCCCUUCUACAUUCAACCUCAUCGACCCCAUCGAGAGGAACACCAUUGGAGUUCCUACUGGUGGUUGGACGGCAAUCAGAUUUAGGUCAGACAACCCAGGUGUUUGGUUUAUGCAUUGUCAUUUCGAGGUGCACACAUCAUGGGGACUCAAGAUGGCCUUUGUGGUGGAUAAUGGAAAGAGACCUAGUGAGACUCUGAUUCCACCACCCAAAGAUCUUCCGCAGUGUUAACAACAUGGGAUUCAAAACUGCCCCCACGGAGAGGAGCCUAUUACAAGAAGGGUAAUUGGCUUUGGUCCGAUGUACGGAAAGAAUCAACGGUGAUUUCUACCAUGUGCUACUACUUGACUCUUGCCACACAUUUUUUUCUCCUUUUUGAUUUUUUUGGGCUUGUUUACCAAAGAUAGUGCAUACAGGGCAUUCAGGUUGUAAUUAGCUCUUGCCAUGACCAACUUGUUCCCCCUUUUUCAAUUAAUGAAAAUGUAUAUGUUGGCAUGCCUCAUGAAUUGAAUGUUUGUUGAGAAUUAGAGAAA